GGGGAAGGGGUGACCGAACCACCUCGUCAGCAACCCACACCAGCACUGGCCGGAGGACUACGACAGUACUAUAUCAAUGGUAGUGGCAUACUACUUCCUGGGCACCCAACCUGGAACUGUCGGUUGAGCAUGUGGACAGUGGGAUGCGAUUUGAGGACCGUCUACCGUAAAGCAGCGCACCGCGGGCUGCAGUGAGGCAGGCCACCCGGAUCAUACGCGGAGCACUGCAUGAUAAGAUAAGAUCCAUCCACGCACCCCUCGAUGCUCCGAAUCGGAGGAGUCUCUCUGCCCCUCGGGCUCCAUUCUUCGCCAUCGCGCGGUGACCGUGUUUCGGAGACCUUCUAUAAUACCGCAACUUGAAUUCAAUGACUGUUGUUGACGUCGGGAUCAGGCUGAGGUGUCCACAUGUGCUUAUCACAGGUUUGUACCAGGUAUAUCUACUGAUUGUGUCUCCCGUAGUCGGUCUCAGUUUCUGUCUCUUGCAAACUUUCAGGAUACUUUCGGACUUUUGCUUUCGCGCACUUCACCUGCAUAUAUUUCCGACCUUUAACACAAUACACCAUGCCGGGCCUCAAACCAGGAGAUUCUUUCCCUGACGACGUCGUCUUCUCUUACAUCCCAUGGACUCCUGAGACCGCGGAUGUCAGAGUAUGCGGCAUCCCGACGAACUACCCAGCCUCGAAAGAGUGGAAGGACAAGAAGGUCGUCCUGUUCGCACUUCCUGGCGCCUUUACUCCCAGCUGCUCUGCCAGCCAUCUGCCGGGCUACAUUGAGAAGCUGGACCAGAUCAAGGCCAAGGGUGUGGACGUGGUCGCUGUGCUCGCAUCCAAUGAUGCGUAUGUCAUGAGCGGCUGGCAGAAGGCGAACAACGUCAAGAACGAUGAUAUUCUCUUCCUUAGCGACCCUGACGCGAAGUUCUCGAAGUCGAUCGGCUGGGCCGACGGUGAGCGCUGCUCUCGCUACGCCAUUAUCAUCGACCACGGCAAAGUCACCUAUGCGGAGAAGGAGCCCGGACGAGACGUUACGGUUUCCGGGGCAUCUGCUGUCCUCCAGCACCUAUAAGUUGGUGGUUCAGCUGGAUACAUGUUCUGAAGAAACGUGGUGCUCAACAAAAUAGAAUCCUGGCGCCCGAUAGACAGUAGACACCGACAUACUACCGGCAUAGAGAAGACAUUAUAAUAGACCAAUAGAGAUUCGACUCUGCAAAAACUGCAUAUUCGGAGCCAUCCAUCACCACAUCUUUCCAUUGGAGCCCAGAAAGGUUAGAGGUCUUUUUCAUCGCCAUGCUCAUAUAACCACUCCUGUAUACACUACAAUGUAUGCCCCCCCAGCCCAUGGCGGAACUUCCCUCUGAAGGUACCGGUUCCGCUAGAACUUAAGGGGGCAAUGCAUCUGGGGCAUCAGGAGUCUCGG